GCUUGCAGUCACAGCCCAGCAGGAGCCACCGCCGCGGGGACUUCUGCCGGUGCCGGGCCAGACGACGCCACGCGCUUUUCCUUGAGCCUCACGCCUGAAGCCAUCCUGGUCAUCCAGAGGCGCCACCUGGAGAAGCAAUUGCUGGCGCGGCCCCGCAGACCCUUCUCCACGCCCUCGGCCGACUCACGGCGCCCACUGGUCCCCUGUCCCCGGACCAGGACCUCGACUGCGCGGAGGGGCGGUCCCACCGACCCGCCUCUAGCUGUGGCUGUCAGUAGCCGCUCUCCCAGUGCCUCGCUGAUGCCGCCUGGAGGUUUGCAGGCCACUCUGCCCAGCUUGCGCCCCUCCAGCCUGCGCCCAGUGCUCAAGGUGUCGCUGCUCAAUGAGAAGCACAAGUAUGACGAUGAGGAGUACGAGGAGGAAGUGGAGGUGGUGGACGAGGGCCUGGUGCGCAAGUGCACCGAGUGGUUGCGUGGGGUGGAGUCGGCACACGCUUCGAGGGGACGGAUGGGACAUCUGGACACACUGCCUCACCUGAGCACACUGUGAGCUAGGAGGGCCUGGUGUGACCCGACCUGGUUUGAAGCCCACCACCACCGCCUCCUGCCCUCCUUGCUCACCUGGACUCUUGUGAACCAGGUAGGCCAGCAAGGGUCAGCACCAUAGCCUGGAACUUUCCACAGGUGCACUUGGUCAUGGGUGACCCACAGCCUCCUCUAAUACCCACCACCCACCUGUGUACCUUAUACCGCGAGCCAAGUAGUUCAGCGUGGGACACAGCAGACUUGCCUGACUCCAAUGGCUGUCCUCUGCUCUUCCUGCUCCCCCGAGGGGAGGAAGGACCUGUGAAAUGCCUUCUAACUCCCACCCGAAGGAGUGGUCCCAGGGGCCCUCCGCCCCAGGUGAUAUCCCACUUCUUGGAGGACUCUGCAAGCUUGUGACCACUGAGGGUGGGUGGUCUCCUGUUGUAGAGCUGGGACAUGGUGCUACAUUCAUGAUUUGUUUCCUUCCAAAUCAGAAAGAUGUUGGGUGCCGGAAAGCCUAGGAACUCUGGUUAACUUAACUUGUAACUGGGCAGCCCUGUGAGCGAGCUUCAGGGGAACUGAGCUCCUGCUGGUGGACUUGGGUUGUAUCUGCACACCCCUGCCCUCACACACACACACACACACACACACACACACACACACACACUCCCGUGCCAAUACACAGGCACACCCAUGCCCAUAGCUAUAUACGAACUGUCCCUCCAGCAGUCAUGGGGCCAUGCAUACUUGCACAGCCACCCACACGUGCCCAUGAUAAUGCAUACAUCGCCGUUCUCGCAUAUAUGUGCAUUCAUGCAAUACAUCAAUCUCACUGUAGUCACAGCCACACUCGUGCUUUCGGGAGCAUGGAAUUGUUUUCAAGAGCCAUACCAAGGAGGGAACAGGGGUUGGUUGUGGUUGGCAUUUGCUAAGAAAGCAGCCUUUAACUGGGGGUACAGCAGUGUCUCCCACACUAGCUAAGGAGGGAGUAUGGCCAGGGUGGCAUGUGUGUGAAAGCGAGGCAGGGCAAGCCUGCCCACUGGAGCAGUUAGUGUGAGGGGGAAGCAGGAAGUAGCCGUGGGUGAGGGCAGGUAUCUUCCAUCACUGUGAAGAUCAGCAACACAGGGGCUCUGUAAGCUGUAAAUAGUGACUUUUUAAAUGUGAUUUAUUAUUGGAAUGAAGGGUAGAACUCCCGUCUCUUAGCAGCCGUGCCCUUCUCACUAACUCGAGGAUGAUUCUUUAGGAUUUCUUCCGAGCCUGAGUGGAUUUAACCCCAAGGAUGAGAAGGAAGUAUUUGUUCUAGUCAGAUCAGGUUGGCAAUAGAAGAGUAAUGCAGUACCUCAGUUAUUUUUUUUUCUUAUGCAAGUCAAUAACUGGUUUAAUGUGUAUCUCGUUAGAGUUUAAUAUGUCAAUUCUUAAUUGUAUUUUAAAUCGAAGCCUUACAUUUUAAAGAACCAACUGCAUAAUUUUCCUUGUAGAGAGACCUUUGCUCUCUCUGUCUCUCUGUCCCCGUUUCUCUUUCCGUCUCUCUCUCAUCCUCCGCACAAGCUUUGUUAAACAUGAAGCCUUAGUUCAGAGGGAGCUACACCAGCCAGCCACUAGAUGAGUUUAAAAAAGAAAAAAGCCACUAAUUGAUUCCUCUUUCUUGAUCCUAGUUUGAAAGCUUGGAAGUAGAUUUCCAUUGAUUUUUUAAAUGGUUGAUGCCAAAGGGGCAAAAUUAGUGAUGCUGGUAAAGGUAGAUGGGAGGUUUUCUCCCUGGCAUGAGCAGAAGGGCUCUUUCUCUAGGCAGGACGGAUGGGGAGCCUCUGCACCCAAGCCUGGCACAGCAAGGCUUCAUGUCACCCACAUCCUGCGCAAACACCAAGUCUUAAGAUGCUCAGCUCCCUGACCCCAGCAGCUGUGACAGCGCCAGGAACAGUUCCCGGUGUCCCCUAAAGGGAUGGCCUCUAAGGAGGUCUUCCUCACUCUUGCCCAUCCUCUGGAUCUCUGUACCACUCUGUCCAUCCCUGUCUCUGUCUGCUUUGGUUUUCUUUCCUCACUGUCUCCUUCAGGCUGCCCUCUCCUACUUCCUGCUCUAACUGGCCUCGGUUCAAAGCUAAGCACAUUCUCCCUGGUUGGUUAUUCACAGGGGUUUGUGCUCCUGGCCCUCCACUUUAGAGACAGGAGCAUGUUUGUGUCGGAUGGUCGAUGACCCUCCUUAAGAAAAGGAAGGUCUGCACUCGCAAAGUCUCUUCGUCAUUGCUGACAUUCUGGGGGAACAUUCCUAUCACUGUGCUACAAUUUCUUAAUGUUUAAAUAAAAAAUGGCAUU